AUGGCCUCCGGAAAAUUCGAUGCAGAGAAGGAAAUAAAACGCAAUCCCCAUGGCGACUUCAAGGCCGUAGAAGCCUCGCGCCCACCCUUUGACACCAGCUCAACAUUGCACUUCACCCAGACACCCAAGCCGGAUUGGCAGCCAGGUCAAGGACCCAACGAGCCCUCUUCCCUCACCAAGUCGCACCGGCAAAUCGAUCCUUACGCUGAAGGCCGCCCCGCUGUACACAAUUACAAACUCCUGAUCUCGGCCAUUGUCCCCCGCCCCGUUGGAUUCACGUCUACCAUCAGCGCAGAUGGCAAGUCCACCAACCUUGCUCCCUUCAGUUACUUCAACUUGAUGAGUCAUGACCCGCCUAUCUUCGUCCUAGGCUUCUCAGGCGGCUUGGACAAGGCGAAAGACACGCUGAAAAACCUGCUGGACACGAAAGAGGCCGUUGUCAACAUCAUCACGGAGGAAUAUAUCGAGGCGGCGAACUACACCAGUAUUAACGCGCCGGAAGGGGUGAGCGAGUGGGCAUUUAGCGGCUUGCAUGCAGAACGCAGCACAUAUGUGAAGCCAGAUAGGGUGAAGGAAGCAGUAUUCAGCAUCGAAGCGAAGUUGAUUGAGACUCGAGAAUGGACGAGUAAGAACCCUGCGACACCAGACAAGAAGACGAGCGUCACGGUAUUCCUCGAGGGCGUGAACUUCUGGGUGCGCCAUGAUGCAAUUGACGAGCAAGGAGUUCUGAUCGACCCUGCUGUCAUGAAGCCCAUCUCCCGUCUAGGCGGUAUCUCGUAUGGUCGGACUACGCAGAUUUUUGAGCUCCCUCGCCCGGACUAUGAGGAGGUUACGAAAGAUCCCGAGAUUGCGAAGCUGGCGAAACCGAAAGGUGAUUCGCAAAUAUAA